AAUAGACUUUUGUAUAAAAGGACCGUCGACCAGUGCAUCCAGCAUAAGCUUAGUUACUUGCAAGAAGUAAACCAGCAACCCACAACCCAAUCAACAUGUUCAAGUUGGCUGUUCUCUGCGCCAUCCUGGCCGUCGCCGUCGCCGCUCCCGGUGGUCUCACCGGCAUCGUUCUCGACCAUGGAGUCGGCCCAAUCACCGCUCCGUUGGUGGUUGCCCACGCUGCCCCAGCUCCAGCUCACGUGAUCGCUCAACCCGUUGCACCCGCCAUUCACAGCGCUCCCAUCGUCACCAAAACCUACCUGACGCAUGCCGCCCUCCCCGUCCUCUCCGCGCAUGGUUUGCAUUAAACGACAGCUGACUUUAUCCUUUACUACCCGCGUCACGACGAGACCAACCCCCUCCCCCCUUAGAAAACACGCAUACACAAAGACACAUCCUCCCCUCUAAUUCGUUCCCACGAAAAAAAAAGCGGUAUAAGAAUGACGAAAUUGAAGAAAAACGAAGGAAAGGAAAGACCAUAGCUCGAGGAUGGAACGGAAAGCACAGCCAGGAUCGAUGGAGACAAGAGAUGGUCAUUCACUCGUGGCCGACUCCAGGUACGG